AAAUCAAUUUGGAAAAAAAUUGCAAGAUUUGGGAUGAAAUCUGGUCGGAUCUUGCUUGGUGGGAUGUGGAUAUUGGUGGGUCUUCCUCCUCUCCAUAUUUCAACACAACAAACCUCCCUUCUUUCUCAUUUCCUCCUCCUCCCAUAGAAAAACACCACCCACCAUACAAAAACAAGAAUAUAAAAUAAACAUCUAGCUAUUUCUUUUGGUAUUUGCUUUGUUCUUGAACCUUCAUCUUCAUCUGUGUGAAAUGGGGAUGGCUGCCACAGACUCACAGUUCCAUGUUCUAGCUGUUGAUGACAGCGUCAUCGAUCGGAAGCUGAUCGAGAGGCUCCUCAAGACCUCAUCGUACCAAGUUACUACAGUUGAUUCUGGUAGUAAGGCUUUAGAGUUUCUGGGUUUGUACGAGGAUGCUCAAAGCAGUUCAUAUUCACCUUCUGUUUCCCCAAACAAUCAACAGGAAGUGGGAGUGAAUCUUGUAAUUACGGACUACUGUAUGCCUGGAAUGACAGGAUAUGAUUUGCUCAGGAAAAUCAAGGAGUCUUCAUCUCUGAGGAACAUACCUGUUGUGAUCAUGUCAUCUGAGAAUGUGCCUUCAAGAAUCAACAGAUGCUUGGAAGAAGGGGCAGAAGAAUUUUUUUUAAAGCCAGUGAGAUUAUCAGACUUGAGUAGGCUUAGACCCCAUUUGAUGAAAACCAAGUCCAACAAUCAAAACCAAGAAAAACAAGAAGAUGAAUCUGAAAGCUCAGAGACUCGAUCACAGGAGCAGGAGCGGGAGCACCAUGAACUAGAACAACAACAACAACCGCAACCGCAACCGCAACCGAUACCGCCAAACAGUAACAAGAGGAAGCCCGUGGAAGAGGGGUUUUCACCUGAAAGAACUAGACCAAGAUACAGCGGAAUCGCCACUCUGGUUUGAUUGAUGAAGGUGUCCAAAUUUUUUUUCUCCUUGUGAUUUGAACUGUGUAAUUCUAUUACCCAUAUUCGUUUUUUCCCAUUUCAGUUGCUGGUUGACACCGGCCGAAAUGAGUGUAAAGGUUUUUUUUUUUUUUCUUUUUUUUUUCAUGUAUACAAUUUACAUGGAAAUAGUUCAUUCUAAUUUUGUUGUGCUACUUAAAUUAAUGACAUAAAGUAGAAAGUUAAAUAAAUAAAUCAUGUAUAUGAAACAAGAUUACUGGAUGUUGUUGAUCGACAGUGUUUUCCUUCCU